CACUAGCUCCAAAAACUUGAGAGGGGUUUACGAGUUAAGCGUUACUGAAACCAAAGCAAAAGCGGUCGUAAAUAAGUCAGUCACUUUAUACAAAAUCGUAACGAAGUCAUUGGAUAAGUCCACAGCCAUGAAACCCUAUAUACAAAGUAUUGAAGUAUAUCCUCACAAAUUCGAUACAUAGUUUACAAACUUUAAAAAGUAUGGAAUAGCUAAAAUACCAAGCUUGGUGUUUAAUCCAAACAUGAAUUCAAGUAAUUUUUCCGCACGUAGCUAAGAUCUGUAAAUUUACUUUAGGCCCAUUCAAACCAAUGAAUCUCACAAAAGAAGUUGAUUUCGGACCGAUUCGUGGAAGGGGUCUUGUUGCUGCUCAGUUUAUAAAUCCUGAAGACAUUCUUUUUUCAGAAGACCCUCUAAUAUGCUGUCAGUUUUCAUGGAACAAGCUCUAUGGAUAUAAAGCUUGCGAUCAUUGUUUGUGUCCACUCGAAACAUCGGAGGAGAAUGUUAGAAGACUUACUAACAAUCCAUCGCUUGCAUUACCUUAUCCAGAGGCAUCAUUUCACUGUAGCCAAACUGUUCACUGUCCUAAUUGCUUAGCUAACUACUGUUCCACUAACUGUCUCGAAUCAGCUGCUCUUACAUAUCAUUCUCCAAUGUGUAUGGCAUCCAUCGAAAAAGACAAAGAAAAUCCAUUAGAAAAGUUAGACAUAAUCUGGCGACAGUCUCAUUAUCCUCCAGAAAGUGGCACUAUCUUUUUACUCGUGCGUAUUGCUGCUGCAUGUCUAUCAGCGUGUCUUAUUGGUUCAUCGACCUCACAGCAUUUAGUUGAAGCACUAAAACAGUUUGUUUCUAGUACAAGUGCAAUGAUUAGUGAAAAUGCAAAUGAUAUCCUCUAUCACCAAAUACUUGGUGAUCAGUUUGCUACACAUAUCGAAGAGAUUCACAGUGCAUUUAUUGAAGUACUAUUAUUUUUAUGUCAAAAGUUUAGUCAUGCUACAUCUUAUGAUGAAUGCAUUCAAACCCUGCAAAAAGCCGGCAUAAAUACAUUAUUAGAGAAAAACCAUUUUACAAGUGCUUUAUGUCUGAUUAGUCGUAAUGGUCAAGGUAUUGCAACAAGUGCUUUCAGUGUUUGGGUUAAUCAGGCUGGAAAACUAGUUGAUACAACGAAUGAACAAACAUCUAAUGAAUUUAAUUUCUUUGUCAACCAGCUAUACUCGGCAAUUGAUGAUCACGUCGGUUCUUUUUUGGACAACGAAGGGGUCGGUUUAUAUUACUAUCAAAGUCGAAUUAAUCAUAGUUGUUCACCGAAUGCAAUAAUUCGUUUCAGUGGAGUUAAUAGUCGAUUAUCUGUGGUUGCAUUGACACCGAUUCAAGAAGGUGAAGAAAUCACUAUCUCCUAUUUGGAUCAUUGUCUACAAUCACGUGGUCGUCACACAAGACGUAAAUACCUAUCAUCAAAUUAUUUGUUUUGGUGUGAUUGCCCUAAGUGUGAAAUGGAAAAGAUUGAUGGUGCAUUAAGCGUGACAUCCUCAUCUGAAGACGAUGAAGAUGGUGAUGACCAUUGUACUCAACAAGACAAAUGUGAAUAAUUUCAUGAAAACUCGUCAUACCCCCCCACCCAACCGCUCACCCUCAAUACACAUGAAAUAAGCUAUUGUGACAAAACCUCUGUAUGAUAAUUUGUGUAAAAUAAAAUGCAAAUUAUGAACAAUCCUUUUG